UACUCUUGACCAGUUUACUUAAGAAAGUAGCAAUUUUUACAAGUUCUAAGUAUUUCUUAAAGACAGUCAAACUGUGAUUAACAAGAUUUUAAUACAGAAAAGAUCACAAGAUGAAGCUAGUUAUUUGUUUCUUCGCAAUUAUCCCCCUUGCAGAGUCGCUCAUCCAAAAUUUAACUAAGGAAAUUUUGGAUACGGUAAAAUAGGACGCUUUUAAGCCACCAACGAAUACUCUGAUCUCGAACCGGAAGAAUUUAACUCGAUAAUGAACGGCUUUAAGGCUCCAAAUCGUACAGAUGUACAAGUUGAUGGACAAUCCGAAACAAUUUCAUCUGCGGCAACGUCGUAUUCGCCACCACCCAUGGAUUGGAGAUGGCUUGGAUUUGUGACACCGGUUAAAAAUCAAGGCUCUUGUGGUUCAUGUUGGAGUUUUUCUGCAACGGGAGCAAUGGAGGGUAUGCACAAAAGACGGACUGAUGUAUUACCAAAUUUAUCGGAACAGAAUUUAAUCGAUUGUUCCUCCGAUUAUGGAAACUUAGGCUGCAAGGGCGGAUAUAUGAUUAAUGCUUUCAAUUACGUCAUACGUAACCGUGGAAUUAACACACAAGCCAGUUAUCCAUACCGAGGCGAACAAGAUUUCUGCCAAUAUCGUAGUGAUACGAAUGCCGUGACUGGCAUGACAGGAUACGUGCGAGUUACUCAAGGAGAUGAGAUAGCACUGGAAGACGCCGUGAGGAGAAUUGGACCGCUUUUUGUAUUUCUGCCACUAUUGAUGCAAUAUUACUCGUCAGGAAUAUUCAACGAUAACCGUUGUUCCAGUUGUGCACCGAAUCAUGCCGUCCUAGUGGUUGGAUAUGGGACGGAUUCGAGUGGGAACUUAUACUGGAUUGUGAAGAACUCCUGGGGAACCUCGUGGGGUGAGCAGGGAUACUUUCGUUUGGCAAGACGGGCUGGUAACAUGUGUGGAAUUGCAAGCUAUGCAAGCUAUCCUACAGCUCGGAACAGUAACCUUUAUUAUAAAUUCAUAAUAAAUUAGGCUGAUGAAUUAUAUACAUAUUUACAUUUAAUUAUUAAUACAAGGUCUUGUUAACAGUGAAUAAAAAGUUCAAUUCGAUAGCA